CUCAGACUCACUCUGUGCUCUGCUGCUGCUGCUGCUGCUGCUCAGGGCUGUGACACUAACAACCCAACCAGGAUCUUUAUUCAUGACUGUUUCCUCUGGACUGAAGCUGCCACAUCACAGGAAUUGAAUCUUACAGAUGAGAGGAAAAGAAAUGCUUUGCUUACAGGACUCAGGGGACUGCCUGCGGGAGCACAUGCAGUACAUGAUGAGGUCACUACAGGACCUGAAGCAGCUGAGGAGGACCUGCCCCGCGGCCCGUCACCCUCUUGCCCCCAUCGGCAACCAACUCCCGGAGUUAGCAUGCCACUCAGCGAUGGCACGUGCUUGUCAGCAGCGUGCGAUGCAACGCGAGCGGCGCACGCGCCUGCGGAUAUCUGACGCCAGCACAGCCAGCACAUACGACUCUGCCUGCUGCCUGGCGAGUCACCUGGAAGAAGAAGAGGAGGUGGAGGAGGACGACUCAAGCAGCCAGCUGGGUCUGAGCCUCAGACUGGGCCUGGCCUCUCCCAGCAGCCACAAGAGUCUGGAGUUUGAUUCAGGAUACUCUGAGGCGUCAUGGCAGGAAGAAGGGGUUGUACUCAGGAGAACGAGGAACGUGCGGGUUUCUUCUUCAGCCUGCCUUCGCACAAACAGAGCGCCGAGCGGACGUAUCCGACCUAAAUCCACCUCCGAUGCCUGCCUAGAGAGGUGGACGUCGUUUGAGGUCAGUGACCCAGAGGACUGGACAAACUCUUUAUUGACCAGGGGACGCAAUCGCCAGCCUCUGGUUCUUGGGGACAACAGCUUUGCAGACCUCAUACAGAACUGGAUGGAUUUGCCAGAUUUCCCCGAGCCCGCCGACCUGAAGCCGAACUCCAGAAGCAGACUGGGAAGAGGCUUCUUUGUCAACAUGAGGAGGAAACUUGCCGGGAUUUCUAAGAGUGUGGAGGAGAGAGUGAGGAUGAGAUCCACAGACUCGGCUCAUCUGAACAGAAAUGCAAAUGCUUCAAAACGGCUGUCCUGUCCCGUCGUGGCGUCGCAGCCCAAAGUCCCCUUUUUCCACCAGUCCCACUCAGGCAUCAAUGAGCUGGACACAGAUUUUUACCACUUCUCUGCCCUCAUGAAGUCAGGCAGUCGACAGCCGAUCAUCUGCAAAGACAUCUUUGGCUACAUCUGACCAAGAUGUAAAACCACAUAUGGACACAUGGACAAUCCUCAGAGUCACUUUAUUUUUAUACAACCGUUUUCACUUUUUAUAUGCUGUGAUUAAACUAUUGGAAAUAAAAUGUUUUCACAUAUUUUAAA